AGCGAACGCAUCGGGACGGCGAUCUCUGCUUCUUUGUCGAAGUUCUGAAAGGGAUUCCAUCAUUAAAUUGCUGCUUUGUGAUGCUGGCAUUCUUUGUGUGGCGCUGCCCAUGAUGGGUCGAGAAGACUGGUCUGCAUUACUCUCUCCGCCUUUCUCAUAUCAAUUUGCACUCUGAUUAUCUGCCAUGGACAUCUCGAGCUUAUCUUUUCUCAUAUACGCAUUCGCCGGCGGAGUCGUCGGUGCGCUUAUACUCUAUGGUCUAUGGAACAAGAAUUUUCUACGGCGCAGUGGACGUCACAGGAGGCGUAACUUACUCGGAGCCCCUGUUGCAGGUGGAAUGAGCCUUCUUCUAGAGGGUAUCAAAGCGCUCAAAGCUCAUCGAGUGCUGGAGCUUUCGAACAGGCGAUUCCAGGAAAUGGGCGUCUCGACGAUUCACAUGGUUUUCCCCGGUGGUGAUUUUCACAUCACAUGUCAGCCUGAAAACGUCAAGACGAUGCUGUCGACAGAUUUCAAGAGGUGGGGACUGGAAUCUACCAGGAAGAGCACCUUCAAAUUUGCCAUAGGCGAGGGCAUUUUCAUCGCGGAAGGAGCUAGAUGGCAGCACUCACGAGCCUUACUCCGACCAAUGUUCGCACGAUCCCACAUAUCAGACUUCGACAUAUUCGAUUCUCAAGCUUCGCAUCUCAUUGAUGCCAUCUUACGCAACGAUGGCAAGGUAGACCUCAAAGACCUCUUCUUCCGCCUCACUCUUGACACGUCACUAGAGUUCCUGCUAGGCGACUCCACCGCAUCACUAGCGGUCGACACCGAUACCAACGAGAGUCUGAACUUAGCACUCCAUAGAGUUGAGCAUCAUAUUGGCAGUGGUGGCGGCGAUGCGGGAAUCUUCGGAUGGAUGUUCCCAGCCCAUCGUCGUUUCGUCAAAGACGUCAGAAUUAUUCAUGCAUUCGUGGACAAAUUCAUCAUGAAACGGCUAGCUCAUCGCCCUCAACUACUACAAACAAAGAGCGAAGAGAGCUCCCGGCUCAUCUUUCUUGACGAGUUAGUCAAGCAGACUGGAGACAAGGUGCGCAUACGGGACGAGAUACUCAGUGUCCUUUUUGCCGGGCGGGACACCACAGCCUCUCUUCUCACAAACAUUUGGUUCGUUCUAUCCAAAAGACCUGAUAUCUGGGCGAAACUUCAGGCAGAGAUAUCGAUUCUGCUCCCAGACGGGCAAAAACCGACAUUCGAACAGCUGAAAAGCUUGAAAUACUUAAGAGCAAUCUUGAAUGAGUCUCUGCGCCUGCAUCCUGUUGUUCCUGGCAACGUCAGACAAGCAAUAGAAAAUACCACGCUCCCUUCAGGAGGCGGGCCAUCUGGUGAUGGACCGAUAUUCAUUCCCAAAGGAGGAGUGGUAAUGUGGGACGCAUACGCUAUGCAACGGCGUCUCGAUUUGUAUGGAUCCACGGCAUGCGACUUCAUCCCAGAAAGAUGGUUGGAUACAACACAAGCUAAGGGACUACGUGUGAGCUGGGAAUCAAUUCCAUUUGGAGGUGGACCAAGGAUCUGUCUUGGCCAACAGUUCGCCAUUAAUCAUGCGAGCUACACGAUUGUCAGAAUGUGCCAGACAUUCAGCAGCAUCGCGAGCUUUGAUCCGAAUGAUGAAUGGCAGGAGAACAUAACUCUUGGCAUUUGCACCAACCUUGGAGGCGCAAAGGUGAUGCUAAGAAAAUGAUAUUUGUCAGAGGGAAGUUGCAAAGCAACCCUGUCGUAUUAUGUUACUUCAGUGCAGAACUCCAGCUUUGGGAUAGAAUAAAUUUUGAACUCCCGUCUCCUCCCGUCUCCUGCCCCCCUUAUCCUUCCUCUUCUUCUGAUAAUGAUGCUGAAAUGGCAACGCCAUCCUCCCUUCAAAAACAAACUCAAUCUCAACAAGAAAAUUCAACUACACAACACACCACAGCAGCCUCUUCAACCCUUCUCCCAAUUUCCAGAAACACAAACCACUCAGUCCAGUUUGCUUCAACAAAAAGAACGAUAGAACAAGUCUUCGAGUUGUUUUUUCCCUCCCCUUGUCAAGGAAAGAAGAGAGAAAGACAAGAUGACAAGUAAAGAGAAGAGAAAACCCGAAUCUUCUUCCUGAUGAUGAUGAUGGAGAAAUCCGCAUUGAAAUCCCAAUCCGGAAAAGAGGAAGAAAAAAGAAGAAUGUUCUUUGUCUUUUUCCUAUAUGGCCGGAUUAGGUCGUACCUGACUUCUGCUUCUUCUUUCUUUGUUCAUGACUUAAUGAUGAUGGGAU